GCAGGUCGUCCUCAUGCUAAACAACGAAUGCGUAGAGCAGCUGAAUGCGGCAGAAGGCCGACUAAACUACGGCUUUGACAAAAUAAAGCUUAACAUAUACAAGGCGGAUAUGGGAUCACUAUGUAAUCUCGCCGAAAACGCAAACACGAUAGAGCCGCCCAGCGAGGACGAGAUGGAAGUCGAUGUAGAUGAACCCUCCGGGGAUCUACAGGACGAGAUCUCGACCGACUCCGACUACGGAGAUGUGUUGGGCCGGUUCUAUACCGAGCGUGAGCUUCUAGAAGACAAUAGUGGAGAAGCCGACGCGACACUCACGGAGGAGAGGGCGGACAAGUCUGAUGAUGCAGGUCCUCCAGAUAAACCUGCAUCACAGUAAAGUGGCAACAGCUGCUUUAAUGGUUCGUCUGGCAGCAGGCGAGGCGGACCUAGUCCUGAUCCAAGAGCCCUGGAUAAACAACAACGCAAUCCGGGGUCUUGGCUCACCAAAUUUUACCCUGUUCUAUGGAAGCGCGAUGAUGACCUAACCACCAUCAGUCUACGACUGGGGGUCAGAAAUGGAGAGGUAAAUACCACUGUAGUGUGCACACAUAAGGAAUACACACUGUAACACUUUGUUGCAAUGUUUAUACAAACUCAAGAGCUAAGCAUAAUCCAUACGCGACGUAAUAUGAUCGCGUAUGCAUUGGGCGACAUAAGCGCAGCGUCAGUGCAAAUAGUGUCAGCCACCUCAAGUGCACAUAACAUACUCUCUCGCGCUCUCGCUGCCAACAGCGCUGAGUACAUAAGCUAGUAUAUAAUGCAGCCGCUCCGCUGCCGGCGUAUCGGGCAGUGCAGCUACGCGGCCUUAGCUUAGUUUACUUUAAGUAAAAAUGUAAACGAAUAGUUAAAGUUUGAAUAAAGAAUUGAACACAUCAA